AGCACCAGCAGGGGGCAGUCAAAGACCAGGGAUACAACUAACAAACGUCAGCACAAAGUGGUCAGUGUCACUGAGCAUGCUCAGAUCCACCCAAACUCUGACGAUCCUGCAUGUGUGUGACCUUAAGUGUUUAAGGGAAGUGUUUGUGGUCAAAGUCUAGUCCUCCGGGAGCCUCAGUCUGGUGCACAAUGAGUUCAGCAGGAGGAGGCUCGUCCCUGCAGGUCCACGCGGUCCGGUUCGGCCCGGGUCAGGAGCUGCUGGGAUCUUUGCAGACGUUCGUGGAGGAGAGGCGACUCCGAGCGCCGUUCAUCAUAACCUGCGUCGGCAGCGUUACAAAGGCAACGCUCCGGCUGGCCAACGCCACAUCAACAAACACAAAUGAGGUGGUCCACCUCAGCGGGCGGUUCGAGAUCGUCUCCCUGGUCGGCACGUUAAACCCCGACGCCCACCUCCACAUCUGCCUGUCAGACAAGGAGGGCAAGACGGUCGGUGGUCACGUGCUGGGAGAUCUGGAGGUGUUCACCACAGCCGAGGUGGUCGUCGGCGAGGCGGUCGACCUGCAGUUUACCAGAGAGAUGGACGUGGGGACGGGCUUCCCUGAGCUUGUGGUUAAAGCGCGCUCACAGACGGGCGAAUCGGCCUGAUUGGACUGACUUUAACUCCCUCGUGCUGCUAUGUUAAUGUACGAAAGUGUGUCCAAGGCACUGAUCACUCUGUUUGAUCGCAAGAUGGGAAGGGAAAUGGGGAAAAUUGCAAUUAUCAAAUCUGAAGAAUCUGACAGUUGAAGGAGUAAAAAUAGGUUCACCAGAUACAGCUGCUGUCGACGCCAUGUUUUAUUAUGAAAAAGCUAAAAUUGAAUGAUCUUGUGCAGCGAAUCCACUGUUGUCCCAUGAUUCCUGUGUUAAUAUGUUAUGUACAAACACAUAAAUGAACAGACUGACUGGCAGCUGAUGACACAGGCUACAUUAGCCUUGUUAGCUUAGCUACUUGUACUGUAAGGUUUGUACAGUACAUUCAAAAAUUUCAGUGGACUCGUACAACAAAACACUGAGUCCAACUCAAAGCAUCAACUUGCCAAUGGACAAAAUCGAUAAAUGUGCAUGGCUGUGCAGAAAGACAAGUUAAAACACAGAGAUGAACACAAACGUCCAGUGUGUGCCCAACAUCUACAGGGGAUGCAGCUUACAAACACACACAGAGCAGCCCCAGCAGCCAAUAGGAGCCGCUCUGCGGGGGUCUAAUAGAUGUUAAACUGAGCGGCGGCCUUUCAGACCCUCUGACCCCCCUGGUUGUGACAAGACAAAGGGAGGACCCCCCUUUAAGGAUUAGUCAUGACCUUGGCUCGGUCAUGGCCGUCGCCGCGAAGAAAGGAAAGCCUCCGUUGCCGUGUGGCGGGCGGGUCGGAGGGAGGGGAGAGGGGAGUGGCAACAGCCUUUUGAUGGAAUCCAGUUCAUUGAGUUUAAUUGGACCUCAGCCUGGCUGACGUGUUCUUCAUUACCGUGAACACACAAGUGGUAGCUUGUUUUACCUCAGUCCCACAUACACCGCCCGGCCCCUGGACGAACUCACAGCUAUUACUAGUACAAAUUUGUUUUAAUCCACCACUGAAAAUAGUCCUCCGGUUUGAGUAAAGUAGUAAUGAACAGUACAGCGGCCCACGAGAUCAACAUCGUAUCAAAGCGGAAAUGUUCUCACGAUAAAAACAUUUCAUACCAUUUGAUUUCAAUAAUUAUCACAAGUCAAAUCAUUAUUCCUUUCAAGUUUAAAGGCUGAUUUUUGCCCCUGAGUGAAAGUUGAACAUUCAAAACAAUUAUGAUAAAUGAUCUUUUUUUCUGUCCCUUUUCCUCAACAAGAUAAAUAUCUUAAUAGAAAAAUAAAGUGCUAAUUCAUUCGUGAUUCUAAUGAAUUUAAUCAAAUAUUUAUUGACGAGGAACCCAAGUUUCAAGAGGCAUUUCAAUUCAACUGUUAAUUGGUAGGAAGUUAUUAGAGGAACCUGCUGAUGGCCUUUUAAGAACGAGUCUUUUUUUGCUGGUGUGAUUUUGGAAGCAUUUUCAUUCACAAGGUCUAAUGCGGGAAAAAAUACCAGUAUGGCAGCUUCCUGUAUCAAGAUGUGUCUCAAGUCUUGAAAGUUGGGUCUUCUUCCAAAACCAGCACACCACAAAGGUACAUUUUUAAAACAUUACCUGUUUGCAAUAUAAUGAGUCAGGUUGCCAAACAAAUUAAUGCACGUUUCCAUCCACUCCCAUUAUGCAAAUAUUAACAGUUUGUAACAUUAAGUCUUCAAUACAUUAUUGUAGAAGAAGACGGUGCAACAAAAUGAUGGUUUUAAAGAAUGUGUGAUUUGUUGUUAAUUAAUAAAAAAUGCUAAAACCACCA